UAUGUGUUCCAUGACAGUCGGAGCAGUCUCCGUCGAAACAAGACCAAAGUCCAGUUUUCUGCUUUCUACAUUUCGGAUUACGACUCUUUUUGUUUGCUUCAUUGCACUCGCCUUGAGUGAAAAUAUUCCAAAAUAUUCUGUUGGGCUGCUGUCGACUGCCACGAAGGGUUUUCCCGAUGGCCUAUCAAACAAGCUCUUGGCCACUUUGGAGAAAGUUUAUACAGAACUUCAAGAAUGGAGAAAGCAAUUUCCACGUGUCCACAAAACCUCUUAUGGUUACAUUUCUUCACCCUGGCUUGCGUAUUUCCAGUUUUGACAACUAUGGCAAGGUUGAUAUCUCCGAUUUGUUGACACUUACUGUAGAUGUGCAGAAUUAUGCAUUCUACUCGGAGUUGAUGCCCGGGGGAGGCACCGUCUUCUCAUGGCCAACCAUCACACAAGGCAGGUUGCUCUUUGUCCAGUCAGCUGAAUUCUCAAUGACUCGCGCCAUGCAAAACCAGAUGUUGCCCAAAUGGCCUUUGCAAGCUCGCUUAUGUCUCGGGAGAGUUGGCACAUCGUCUGUCUCCGUCUGUGUGGAACUGCUGAGCCCAGAAACUGGACAACUUCUGCUCUCUCACGUCAAGCAACUUGUCACUGUUGACAAAGUGAGCAGGAAGCCAGUCCCUCUACCAGAACCGUUUCGUGACAAAUAUAGACAUGAAGGGGUUCUCCAGAAGCCGUUCUCACUGGAAAGAUUUGCAAAGCCAGGGAAUACGUUUAUCUAUCAGUUGAAGGUGGCAUGGUCGGACACUGACUGGUACCAACAUACAAACUACGCCAGCUACGCACGGUUCGCCACCAAUGCCUUGCAUCAGGCCCUAGUGUCUGGGGCCACACAGUUGCCGAGGGAGAAGUCCAGUAGUGAAAGCAACACACGGACAAGUUUUUCCAGUACCGGUAGAUCUACCGGUACGUCCAGUGAUAUUUCUGGCUCCCCAUCUCCACAGUCGAAUGAAUUAAGCAGUUCGGUGUUUCAGGGUAUUUCAGAAGAUGUUGUCAAGAACGGUUUGAAAACUUUCCGCAUCGUUUACUUUCAAGAGUGUAAGGAAGGGGAGACAAUAGAUGUACAUUUGUGGCAGCAAGCAGGAGAGAUGAAUGUGGUGCGGUGUCACGUGAACAGAGGGGACCAACUGCUGGCGCAAAUGACCCUCGAGUACUUUCCUACAGCGUCUGAUUCCAAGUUGUGACAGUCAGCUCAAGUGUUAAUUUAUCUAAUAUUACAUGAAGACUAGAGUGAAAAAAAAAGGCAGUCACAUUUUCUAAACUGUAAAGUUAAACACAAUCGAAGCUUCAUAGCAGUACAGUUUACAAAACAUAUCGUCCUAUGGCAGAAGAAAGACAGGGUCCAUGUAAACAUGAUCAGAGAAAAAUGUUAUUUAUAUAUCUCCCUAUUAGAAUAAAGUUCACUUUUAACACGAAGAUUUCUAUAUAAGCCACCAGAAUGUGACUGCUGCUUUAUUCCUAUUGUCUUGAUGUACAUGAAUAAUUCUUAACUGAGGUCGAGUUGUGUGUUGAACAGCUCAAUGAAGUUGUUGCCUUUAUAUUUGAGUUUAAGUGAAAUUGGCAGAAAUAUGUGUCACGACGUGGCGGAAUCAGGUGAUCGUCAAUUUUUGGGUAUGCGGAGUUAUUGGUAGCAUCUGAAAGCUAAUUCAUUUACCUUGCUUUCACUUUCAGUGAAAAAAAUAUCCAUCUAGCUUGAACAGAAGUGGAGAUAUUUGCUAUUGAAGAAGGUGGGAUUUCCUGGUUUCAGUGAUUAAAUUAAUGAGAAAAUGGCCACCAAGGUUUGGUAGCUUCAAUAAAGCUUAAGAUCCUUGAAAA